UUAUUCUAGUAGCAAGCAGGUGAAGGACGUCACCAGCGCCAUCUAGGUGUACACUAUUUCCAAGUGGACAUCCGUUAACUACAUUUUUUUCCUAUCUCAGUCCAAGAAAAAACCCUUAGAACUAAGGGUAAUUAGAUCUGUUUCGUUAACACUGAUAUUGGUUUUAAACCGAAGACUUUCGCAUUCCCGAAUCAUGACAGCUCAUCAAUGUAUGAGAAGGGGUCAUUGGGUAUAUUUAACAGUAUUGUUGUUAGUUUACAUUAAUUCUGUUCAGGCAUUGAACUGCUAUGUGUGUAAUUCAACAUUGGAUGACAACUGCAAUGCAAAAUUUGAAAAGACUGACAUAAACCCAAUAAAGCCGGAACCUUGUAAUGUCUACAAUGCCAAAUAUUGCAUCAAAGUCUAUGGAAUGUGGGGAGGUGUGGUUGGCACUCAUCGAUUUUGCAGUUCCCGUGAUAUGGGCAAACAAUGUCAAGACAUUUGGUAUGCCGAUCAUGAGCGUAUGUACAGAUCCUGCAUAUUCACUUGUACUGGUGACGCCUGUAAUGCCGCAGAAACACUUUCAACAAAAUGGUACCAUAUAUCUGCAGGAAUGAUUUUGAGUCUUACCUGUAUGCUUUUCACUUCAAAUUUACAUUAGUGUUUGUGAACAUUUUUCAUAUUUUAUAACUGUAUAUUUGAACUCUUCUAUUGAUUUCAUAUUACCAUAAAUUGUGAGGUAAAAAUGUAUUUUAGUAUAUCAAUUUCUGAUAUACUAUUGUCUCUUUUUGUAAAUGUAAAGAUAAAGUGUGAGCAUAUAACAUCAAUAAAUGAUUUAGAUACACCUAUGUGUAACUAAAUCAUUAAGAAGCAUUAAGAGAGAUUUCAUAUAUAUAUUUUUUGUAUAGUUUAUUAUAUAUGUCUUCUUUUUCUUUAACAAUACAUAUGUUUUAUACUUUGCUCUCUUCAUUAGAAUCAUUUCAGAGAAGCAGUUCCUAUCAAAUAUUAAAUGAUAAUUAAUCAAGUCAAUUAAUUUGUAGACAGUUUUGCUACUUUCAAAGAUGGUAGUGAAACUUUCAGAAAUAAUUCAUAGUUUCAAUGUUAAUACAUGAGUGAGACUGAAUAUUGUGUGUGUGUGUGUGUGUACGAGACAUAGUAAUUCCAAUGAUCUGGAUCAGUGUUUCCCAAACCUUCUCUCGGGAACCCUUGAAAUAAUUCUUUAUCGCAGGGAACCCCUACAUAUAAUUAGUAUCAAUCUUUAUUAAUGGUUUUUUUCCCCCUCUUUCAUAAAGUAAAAUUUCAUGGGAGAUUAAGCAAGUUAUAAAACUGUUUUUGAUAGAUUUUGCACUGUGAAACCUAUCAGUUAUUACAAAAAUAUUAGAAAUUCCAUUUUAAUUAAGUGCUUGGUUAGAAUACCUUAAAAAUUCUCCAUUAUGAGGUUAUUUUCUUCAUCAAGUUACCUUACAACAUACAGCAGCCAGGAUUUUCCUGUUUUAGGGAAUAAUCUUAUAUGUCCAUAUAAUAAUACUACAAACAAGAAGUAAAAUUAAAUG